AUGGCUUUACUCACCUCAGCAGUAGGGUCGAUCCUGCUGCUGCUGCUUGCUUCCACGCUUUACUCGUUGGCUUGCUUGCUCCGAAACUACCUCGCGGCCCGCAAAAUCGGCGUGCCGGUACGAAUCAUCCCAGUCGACCACAUUAAUCCACUGUGGUUGCUCGUGAGCCAGCGAGUCGUGUCUGCGCUCAGGCAGCUGCCCUCCUGGAUGGGCGAUAACAACAUUACGAAGUAUGACUACUUAGGAUUUGAAAUUCCUAUACGAUGGAGCAGUCACGCGGAGAUGGGCGAUGCAUUUGUGUUGUGCACUCCGUCGAGGAACUGGUUGUAUAUUGGCAAUCCGGAGGUCAUCACGGCGAUGCUGAAACGACCGAAUGACUUUCCCCACGACUCACAGCUCACCGCUAUGCUCGAUGUCUUCGGGCCUAACAUAUCUACGGCCCAAGGAGCGGAUUGGAAGAAAAUGCGCAAGCUAAUGGGCUCUUGUUUUAUCGACCAAAACUUCGAGAUUGUCUGGCGUGAGAGCAUUGCCCAGGCAAGCGAUAUGGGCCGAUAUUGGAGCUCUCGGCCAUCGGUUGAGACCGUUGCCCAUGAUACACGCACGCUUUCACUUAACGUCAUGUCAAGAGCUGGUUUCGGCAAAUCAUACCCUUUCAAGGGCCACCACGAGACACAUGACACAUUGAAAGGCAGCUCUAUGAGCUAUAAAGAGGCGCUUCAGACCAUACUCGAAAAUAGCAUCUUGAUCAUGGCAUUGGGCACUAAGCUCCUCGCGAAGUCUUGGCUUCCGAGCUUUUUCAAAAACCUUCACUACGCCUGCACUUCGUUCCAGGGAUAUAUGACAGAGUUGUUCGAGGAGGGAAAGAAGACUUCAACUGCAGAGAGGAUUUUCGACCGCACCCUUAUGAACUCCCUGGUUCGUGCUUCACAGCAGGAGACGACUGGUAGUCUGAGCGAGCGUGAGAUCUAUGGAAACAUGUUUGUGUUCAACUUUGCAGGCCACGAUACCACAGCUCAUACCUUCGAGUGGGUCAUGCUCUUCCUAGCCGCAAACCCAGAGGUCCAGGAUUGGAUCCACGAAGAGGCACAACAUGUCCUGGGCGACCGUCCAAAAGAGGAGUGGGAUUACAAGACCGACUUCCCCCGCCUGAAGCGCUGCUUAUCCGUCGUGUUCGAGUCGCUACGGCUCUACUCCCCCGUUGGCUUGGCAAAGUGGACCGGCGAGCACUCAGCAACGCUCCAAGUGGGAGAAAAACUGCUUACGAUCCCACCAAAGACGAUGGUUGUUCCGAGCAACGCCUCUGUACACACCGAUCCGAGAUACUGGGGCUCAGACUCCCUCACCUGGCGGCCGUCGCGCUGGAUCGAAGCAGGACCGUCCGGUUCCAAGGACAUCGACGGCGAGGAGCUGAUCUCUCCCAUCCGCGGUGCUUUUAUUAGUUGGUCUGAAGGCGCGCGUGACUGCCCUGGCAAGAAGUUCUCGCAGGUAGAGGCUGUUGCGACGAUAGCGGCGUUGUGUAAGGACUGGCGGGUGGACCCUGUCACCAACCCAGGUGAGACGCUUGAUGCUGCCAGGAAAAGGGUGUCGCGUUUCAUAGAAGAGGACACAGGCAUGGUGCUGCUGGUUCAAUUACUCCAUCCUGAGCGCUCUCCUCUAGUUUGGAGGAAGAGGUAG